CCUCAACCACCGUGUGGUGAUAUGGUAAUAAUGGCAUGUCAUUCAGAUCGUGAACACAGAACGGAAUGUAUUGUUCCAAAUGCUGAGAUAAUUAAUUAUAUUGAACUUAAAAGUGGCGAGGACAAUCCGUCUUGCACAUUUGGUGUUACAUAUGGUUUCUAUGGAGCGACAAUAUGGACCAAAGAGAACUGCCGGGAAAAAAUAAAAGUUUGCUUAACUCCAAGGAAUCGUGUUCCAAUACUUCCCCCUCCUGAAGAAUGUCGCAACACCGAAAAGGGCGAAGACUAUGUUGGAAAAUGGAGUAAAACCGAAACUGGAAAGAAUUGUCAGAGAUGGGACCAACAAUAUCCACAUACACAUGCAUUUUUUCUUGAUGGAAAAGAUUCUGAAAAUUACUGCAGAAAUUUUGAUGGUUCUUCGAGACCGUGGUGUUAUACAGAGGAUCCUUACACUGAAAGAGAAUAUUGUGCUAUACAUAAAUGUGCACCCGAAGAUCCAGAGGAUGUAGAUGAAUGUCGAAAAUCUGCAAAGGGUACAGAAUACAAAGGUCGAAUAAGUUUGACACAAACUGGACGUACCUGUCAGUAUUGGGAACGACAAUAUCCACAUAAACAUCCAUUUAGCAUCAGCUUCAAAACGGAACAUAAUUAUUGUAGAAAUCCUGACAACAGUGGACAACCAUGGUGUUAUACAAAUGAUCCAACAACACGUUGGGAAUAUUGUCAGAUACCAAUGUGUGCUGCUUGUUCUGUAAGAGAAGAGAUUGUAGAAUGCAAAGCGACUGUUAGAGUCUCUGGUUCAUGUUUUUAUAAAUCGAAAGUAGGAUCUAGCUGUGUUUACACCGUGCAGCUGUCAGAUUCACAGGCAAUCAUCAAGACCUCAACACAGGAAAUGGUACUUACAAAUGGAGGAAAUCUGGCUGAAUGUGCUAUUUUUACCUUUAAUGAUGGAACUCUAAAAAUAGAAGAUGACGUCUGCAAAUGCUUUGAAGCCACUGUGGUGAACAAAUAAGACUGCAUGAAAUAGUUACACUAUGAGGACUGAAAAUAUUUAGAGGCAUUGUGCUUAGUAUAGACAGAGUGCACUCUCAAUAAUUGUGUGCUUAGCUUUAAAUAAAUUAUCAUCUAAUAAAAUAAAAUUGCCGAUAUUA